AUGGAAGACACUUUGACCGACAAGCUCAUAUCAAUUUUCAAGGAUCGAGAUAUCCCAGCUAAGUGGGAGGUGAUUGAGUCGGUAUUUGAGGAUGACAGGAAUGCUCAAUGGGCGUCUAAGCAUCUCCGCCCUGACACUCUAUUAUCAAAAGACGAGCUCGCGUUAUAUCUUAAGCUCAAAAACUCCGGUGCUCUUCAACCUAUUCUCCGCAACCCAGACCUCAGCGCGACGCGGCCUAUCCUCGAAGAGGAACUCCGCCACACGAUCGAGUCCCUCGAAGCCUCAACAGCAACAAUCCAAAAACAGACUGAGACUCUGAAGCUCCAAUUUGCAAGCCUAAACAAGCGAUUGGACCUGGAAAACAAUGUGAAGCAGCAGCGGAGCCGGGAUAUCGCUCGGCUGCAAAAGAAACAUGAAGCGGGGAGGCAAAAUACUACAACGGCGGCAAUUGAGCUUGCCGAUGGAUUGGAGACUGAUCUAAGAACCGCGACGGAAAAGUCAGGCGCAGAAAGCAAGAGAAUCCUCGCUUCUCUGUCUACCCGGUUAAAGCAAGACGACAAGGCUCUCGCGAGUCUAGAAACGCUCAUGUGCAGUAUUAAGUAUCGUGGGAAUGAUGCAUCUACGAUCAAACGUACGAACCAUCUCAGUGUGAUGUUGUCGGACUACGUGGCAGAGGAAAUACACUACCGCCUGGAUCGACUAUAUCUGGAAACAAUACAUGCGGGGGGCUCAAACCAUGACGCUAUAGAUAUGGCAACGAGCACUGCUCUCGAGGAAGAAUUAGAGUCUCUGUAUCCAGAGAUCGAAAUCUUGGCAGAAAUGUCGACCAGACAGCAGUUCCACGAGCCUGUCCUCCGUGAACUCCAGAAUGAGCAUGAUCAGCUUCGAGUGGCAUCGCAUGAGAAAGUAGAACAGGCACUCGACAUGUUGAUCGAGAUGACUUUGUCAAAGCAAGAUCUUACAAACCAACUCGGGGUCCGGGAAUCGUCUUCUGAACUGUUAGAACAGUUAGCUGUACUAUACCAAUCCGAAGCAGGCAGCGAACUUAUCGCACAGGCGUCAUCCCGACGAGAGUCUCUCCGACGGCGAUCGUUACAGCCAGGCCUCCUUCUUGUCACCCGCACGCCCGGUGCGCCUGUAAUUGCCCAGCCAUCACUCGAACGACUUCUGAGGCGUGUUGGUGUACCACCAGGAUCGAUCCUUCACCCGCGCGAGAAUAGAGGAGUUGACGACCUCCAUGAGAAACGAUAUCACAUUUCCGAAACACUUCAUAGCCUCAAUAUAGCAAGGGACGCUCCUCUCGUGACUCACUUAGCGCCGUUGGAUAACGCAUAUCAGCUUCUUCGUUGCUCAUUGCACGCCAACUCUCACCGUGAAACAUCAUUGCGUGAUUCUUUAGAGGAGUCAACACUCUUGGGCCUCGAGAAAGAACUCGCAAGUCUUCAAAAUGGGGUCCAGAAGCUCAAUUUGGAUGUUCUCCACCAGCGUGAUAGUAAUCAGGAUAGAUUAAUUGAGCAGUGGACAUAG